GUAACAGCCUCUCCUUUGAAUUUAAAUCAAUUAACUAAGAGAAGAAAUGCUCAAAAAGACAAAAGUCCAUCGAAAGAAAAAAACGGUGAAGUCAAGAUUACCUUUGACCAAAUUAGCGAAGACGGUAAAAUCUAAGCUAUUAAUUUUUCAUAUUAGAAUCUUUUUAUUAGGCAUUAUUUAUUCUCAUUAUUUCACCUAUUUAACAUCAUUUCAAAGCAUAGCACUAAUAGUUAGACGUACCAUUAUAAAAAAUGUGUUAAUAUAGAUUAUUUUAACAACAUAAAAAAAACACAAAAAAAAAAUCAUUCCUCUUCAAUUUCAUUUUUUUUUUCAUUUCUUUUCUUUUAGAAAUCAUAAGUUUUGAAAAACUUCGAUAUUGUUUUCUUUAAUAUUUGUACCAAUUUCUUUUUUAAAAAGAAUUAAA